AUGUUAGACAAAUACGGGCCUGUCCUGUGGACAGCGCUUGCGCUCCUCGUCGCCUACGGUAUCAAAACCUUCAGAAAAUGGCAGUACCAGCGGUUUCGGCAGUAUGCUGGCAUCCCCCAGGCGAAGACUUCCUUCGUGUGGGGCCACAUGAAGCUCAUGGGUGAGCUGUUCAAGAACGCCCCAGACCCGAGGCGUCACCUCGACGACGUGAUACGAGACUUCCUCCCCCGUGUGGGAAGCCCGCCAGUCCUUUUCCUCGACCUCCGGCCUAUCAACUACCCCAUGCUGAUAGUCUGCGACCACGAGAUGGCCGAGCAGAUCACGAAGCCGUCCCCAAAAUGGUCUUCGAGCACUCCCAAGUCUCCCACCCUUGGUGAUAUCUGGCAUCUGACCGGGAAGAACUCCAUCCUGACGUCCGAAGCGGACCACUGGAAGGCCCAGAGGCGGCAGCUCAACCCCGGCUUUGCGCCUCAGCACCUCCUCACCGUCCUGCCUAUCGUUCUGGACAAGACCAGGUUUUUCCUGGACCACAUGGACCGCUACGCCCGGACUGGCGAGGAGUUCUGUCUCGACGAGCACUGUGUCACGCUGACCUUCGAUAUCAUCGGGGCAGUCACCAUGGGCCAGGACUUCAGAGCCCAGAUCCCGGGGGAGCAAAGCGAGAUCCUGCUGUCGUUCAGGGCGAUCAUGGAACAGUACACCAGCCGCAGGGGGACGAGCAUCCCAGGCACCAAUUUCUUACGAGAGCGCAUCCGCCGGAAACAUGCCAGCAAACUCGACCGGCUUUUAAAAGACAUUGUCCGUAACGAGUAUGCCCAGCUCAGUGCUGGAGGGACCAAAUCCCGCAGCGUCUUGGCGCUGAGCUUACAAGGAACCGAGCAGCUCACCCCUGAGCUCCUGCAGCAGACGAGCGACAACCUGCGUGUGUUCCUCUUCGCUGGCCACGAUACCACAAGUAUUCUGCUUCAGUGGGCCUUCUACGAGCUUUCAAAGUCACCACAGCAACAAAGGGCACUCCGAGCCGAGCUUGAUGAGCUCUUCGGAUCCGACGCGGACCCCGAUGUCGUCCGGGAGAAGCUCCUCGCCCCCGGUGGGAGCGAGAUCCUGAGCCAGAUGGUCUACACCUCUGCCCUCAUCAAGGAGAUCUUACGCAUCCAUCCUCCGGCCGCGUCGGUCCGGAUGACACAGCCCGGCACGAAUUUCCAGCUCACCCUGCCUGACGGGAGACAGAUCUGCCCGGACGGGUGCAUCAUAUAUCUGUGCAGCACAGUCAUCCAGCGCGAUCGUAAGGUGUACGGAGACACAGCCGACGACUUCAUCCCCGAGCGGUGGCUUGGUGAUACGUCAAGCCUACCGGCGAGUGCAUGGAGGCCUUUCGAGAGGGGGCCGCGUGCCUGCAUCGGCCUGGAGCUGGCGCAUAUUGAGGCCAAGGUCAUCUUGGCAUGUGCUGCUAGGCGGUACGACUUCCAAAAGGUUGGUCUCGGCGAGCUGGAUUUGGACAGUAACGGCAAGCCUAUCUUGGAUGACAAGGGAUAUUACCGGACGAAGUCGGAGCUUUUCAAUAGUAUUCAGGUGACGGCCAAGCCGGUGGAUCGGACCAUGGUGAAGGUCAAGCUCAGCGAGCAGGCCACAAAAACCUGA